AUGGCGUCUCUACCUGCCCCCGUGCUUGCUACCUACCUGCACCCGUGCUUGCUACCUACUUGCACCUGUGCUUGCUACCUACCUGCACCCGUGCUUGCUACCUACUUGCACCCGUGCUUGCUACCUACCUGCACCCGUGCUUGCUACCUACCUGCCCCGUGCUUGCUACCUACCUACACCAGUGCUUGCUACCUACCUGCCCGCGUGCUUGCUACCUACCUGCACCAGUGCUUGCUACCUACCUGCCCCGUGCUUGCUACCUACCUGCAGCCGUGCUUGCUACCUACCUGCACCCGUGCUUUCUACCUACCUGCCCCCAUGCUUGCUACCUACCUGCCCCCGUGCUUGCUACCUACCUGCACCCGUGCUUGCUACCUACCUGCACCUGUGCUUGCUACCUACCUGCCCCCGUGCUUGCUACCUACCUGCCCCCGUGCUUGCUACCUACCUGCACCAGUGCUUGCUACCUACCUGCGCCCAUGCUUGCUCCAUACCUGCCCUGUGCUUGCUACCUACCUGCACCCGUGCUUGCUACCUACCUGCCCCCGUGCUUGCUACCUACCUGCCCCUGUGCUUGCUACCUACCUGCACCCUUGCUUGUAUCCUUCACUUGGGCGGCCUGGAACCAGCUGGACCUGA